AAUGCUUAAACCAUUAAAUGGGAAGGUAAUCACAGUUAUAGGAUCAUCUGGAUAUGUAGGUUCUAAUGUAAUAAAAAAUGCAUUGUAAUAUGGUGCUAUAGUAAAUGGAGUUUCUAGAAGUGGAUAACCUACAACUCAAUAAAAUUGGACUAGAGAAGUUAAUUGGAUUAAAGGUGAUGCAAUGAAAGCACAUGAAUUUAAAGAUGUUUUACAAAAAAGUGAUAUUGUAAUUCAUACAAUUGGAACAUUAAUUGACUCAUCAGUUUUAAACAAUAAAAAACCGUAUAUUUGAUAUUAAAUAAUUUAGAGGUGAUCAAGGCACUUAUGAAUAAAUGAAUAGAGAUACUGCUUUAAAUGUUGUGAAAGAAUUGAUCAAUACAAAUGUAAAAUUUGUAUAUGUGAGUGGUUCUGCUCACCCACCUUUUUUAAAAAGAUAUUUAACUACAAAAUAAGAAGUAGAAUAACAUAUUUUGAGUCUAUAUCAAGUAUUUUUGAAAAUAAAUAUUUUAGCAAUAAUAACUUAAUCCAAUUAUAGUUAGACCAGGAUUCAUAUAUAGUUUGACUCAAAGAUGGUGGAGUGUUCCUUUAAAAUAUGAUUUGGCAAUAUGGAAAUGUGUACAUGAUAAUGCUUCUAGAUUAAUUCCUCAAUAAUCAUUUAUUGGAAAAAUCUUCAAUGAAUUCAAAGUUGAUACUUCAAUAGAUUUAUAAGAUGUUGUUGAUGCAUGUUUGGCUCCAUUAAAAAUAGAUUUAAUUGGAAAAUCAUUAAAUAACUAAGAAAUGGAAAAAGUUGCUUAAUAGUUUAGAAAUCUAUAAUGA